UCUAGAAAAUAAUCUGAAAAUGAGCGGAAGAGGUAAAACCGGAGGCAAGGCCCGUGCUAAGGCAAAGACCCGCUCUUCCAGGGCCGGGCUCCAGUUCCCAGUCGGUCGUGUCCACAGACAUCUGAGGAAGGGCAACUAUGCCCAGCGUGUCGGUGCCGGAGCUCCCGUCUACAUGGCGGCUGUGCUGGAGUACCUGACCGCUGAGAUCCUGGAGCUGGCUGGAAACGCUGCCCGCGACAACAAGAAGACCAGGAUCAUCCCCCGUCACCUGCAGCUGGCUGUCCGCAACGACGAGGAGCUCAACAAGCUGCUGGGCGGAGUGACCAUCGCUCAGGGCGGUGUGCUGCCCAACAUCCAGGCUGUGCUGCUGCCCAAAAAGACAGAGAAACCCGCCAAGAAGUAA